ACAGCUAAAAGUGAAUGAAAAGUGACUUUCAUCCCGCUCACUUUUCUGACCUGAAACUGCAGAGCACGUCGACUCCGCUCUAACCACCAAAAUGUCAGACAAAGCUGCGUUCGAUACCAAUGUUGUUACCCUCACAAGAUUCGUGCUGGAGGAAGGGAGGAAAGCUAAAGGCACUGGAGAAUUGACAACGCUGCUAAACUCAAUGUGCACAGCCAUCAAAGCCAUCUCAUCUGCAGUCAGAAAAGCUGGCAUUGCCAACCUCUAUGGUAUCGCAGGGAGCACCAAUGUGACCGGAGACCAGGUGAAGAAGCUGGACGUGCUGUCCAACGACCUGGUCAUGAACAUGAUUAAGUCUUCUUUCACCUCCUGUGUGCUGGUUUCCGAGGAGGAUGACAAGGCCAUUAUUGUGGAGCCAGAUAGGCGGGGAAAGUAUGUGGUCUGCUUUGAUCCUCUGGAUGGCUCUUCAAACAUUGACUGUCUGGCAUCAAUUGGAUCCAUCUUUGCUAUCUACAGGAAGGUGACGGAUGAUGAGCCCAGCGAGAAGGACGCGCUGCAGCCUGGCAGGAACAUUGUGGCUGCUGGGUAUGCCCUGUACGGCAGUGCCACCAUGCUGGUCCUCUCCACCGGCCAGGGGGUCAACUGCUUCAUGCUGGACCCUGCUAUCGGGGAGUUCAUCCUGGUGGACAGGAACGUGAAGAUUAAGAAGAAGGGGAAGAUCUACAGCCUCAAUGAAGGCUACGCCCAGUAUUUUGACCCCGCCAUCACAGAAUACGUGCAAAGGAAGAAGUUCCCAGAGGACGGCAGCGCCCCCUACGGUGCACGGUACGUGGGCUCCAUGGUGGCAGACGUACACCGGACACUGGUGUACGGAGGCAUCUUCCUGUACCCUGCCAAUGUCAAGAGUCCCAAGGGAAAGCUGCGGCUUCUGUACGAGUGCAACCCCAUGGCCUUCAUCAUGGAGCAGGCCGGAGGGAUGGCCUCAACAGGGACCGUGAACGUGCUGGACAUCCAGCCCGAGUCCAUCCACCAGAGGGUCCCUGUGGUGCUGGGCUCCCCUGACGACGUGCAGGAGUACAUCGACCUCGUCAAAAAGCAUGCCAAAUGAGCGCUGUGGCGCCACCACCUGGAUAGGGGGCCAAAUGACCAAAAUGCCAAAAAAACAAAUAAAGAUGCGGGACCAAAUGGGCAGCAAAGGAGGUGUGUCCUCACAACAGGGGGUGUUACUGAUGAUGAUGUCAUAUACGUUACAUCACACCCAGGGUUCAGUGUUUAUUUGAUAUGUGACCAUGUCAGUAAUUCUUUCUGUGGAUCACUGCCUUACUUUGCAGUCCCAAGAAACAAUCAGAAAAACUCCUCAGCCCAAGGACCAAAUAAUGCCUUUACAUAUUGCAUAUGCUCUCGUUAUGGGUGUGCCUUAUGUCUCAUGAAUGUUUGUUGUUGAACUGAAGGAUUGAAUUUUGAAUAAAAACA